GUCGUUGAGUGGACGCGAUCAGUGCCGGUAUUUUGUGGUAUUCUAGGUCCCAUUACUACAGAUGUUGUCUGAUUAGAUGUUUUCCAUGCUGUUCAGAACAUGUAUCGUUUAGAAUGAGUGCAAUCGAAGUGUAUGCCGCCGAUGGAUAACCAAUGUGCGUUGUGCAAAUAAAGUAAAACAAAUUGGGGAAAGUGAUCAGUGGCUGCGAUAACAGCUGUUCGAUGAGGUCUCAUUUAUUGGAAAACGCACUGCGAACGAGCUUCCGGUGAGCGUGAGUGUUAUGGAAUCUAAUCGAUGCUGAAUAAUAAUCGUGUGAAACUGUGCAGCACAGGAAAAGGGGUAUUAAUUCGAUCAUGGAGAUCGUGAGUUUCAACGCGGCCAGACAAGAUCUGCUGAUGAGUUGUGGUGGCACAAAACCGAAGCAACAGAUGCACACCAAUGGGACACUUCGAUCAAUCAAGCAGCGGAGGAAUGCGAAAUUGCUGUUGGGACAGCAACAGGUUCAGCAGCCGGAUCAGUUGAAUAUUCCCAAUCGAGUGGUAGUGAGUGCAGAAAUUAAUUAUAAGAAAUCAGCCUGUUUGGAUGAAAGUGAUAGCAAUAACAAUAAUAGUAAUAAUUAUAGCAAUGGUUCAGUCAAGUGCAAUGGCAGUGUUAUCAGGUUGGAUGGUAGUGGCGCCAGCAAAAGUGGUUCGGUUAGCUCCGGAAGUGUUUGCAGAGGAAGACCGGUUAACUUAACGCUAUCGAAAAUGUCAUUGCUGUGGAAUACCAGUGGUUGGAUACGGGUUUACUGUGGCCCAGACCGGAGUGAUGUAAGCUGUGAGGAUCCAAGUCGCAUGGUGCAUGUGAGCACGACCGCAACCACGUUAGAUGUUGUGAAAGAUAUGGAUUUACCAAUGGAUUAUACCUUGUGGAUUCAAAUAGGUGGCUCUAAAACCCGUCGAUUGGAAGAAAAUGAGUAUCCCUUGUUGGUACAGGAGGAGUUCCUCAAAACCCUUGGCUAUCUGGAAGAAUCUCGUCGGGCUCGGCUCGGAAUUGAUCCAGAGUUAAAACAUAUGUUCCGCUUUCACAUUGGUCCGUCAGAAAAUCCAAUGUGUCGUGGAAUACUUCGCUCGGGUUGGGUGGAAAUUUUGAAAGGCCUAGUGUUUCCACAGUGGAGGAAGCGAUAUCUGGCAAUAGCUGGUAGCAGCUUGAUUAUGUUUCCUGCGAGCUCGGGUAUGUCACCGGAGAUAUACGAGCUGUCGGGAGCGGAUAUCUUCGAGCACACACCCAGUUACAACCGACUGAUCAUCAAAAUAGUGCCAAAGUCAACUGCCAGCAACACAAAGGAAACCCUCAACCGGUUCAUUGACAAUGCCGAUAGUGCGACACAUCUCUACAAUAGCAAUGCGAGCGUCCAUUCAAUUAACGAACGAGAGACUGUGCUGUUUCUUGGCUUUGAAGAAUCAUGGGAACGUGAUCAGUGGAGCGGAUGGCUGUCUGAGACAAAGUCGGACAGCAGCGAUGCAAGGCGAUUGGAUUUGGGUGAUUCCGGAUUGCACCAGAUUCCCGAGAUAUUCUUACAGUCGUCGUCACAAGUUGAAGAGCUGUUGGCAGGAAAGAAUAAGCUACAAGAAUUAGCACUUCGAGCGCUGGGAGAAUUCGCCCAGUUAAAAGUGCUGCGGUUGAAUGGCAAUGGUUUGAGAUAUUUUCCAGAAAGCUUGUACAAUCUGCGCAAAUUGAGGCUGCUCGAUCUGGAGGAGAAUGAAAUGAGGAAGCUGCCGGAACAAAUUGCACAACUGACAAGUUUGGAAGAACUGAUACUGGAGAAGAAUGAACUCCAGGAGUUGCCAAACAGCUUACAACAGUUGCCUUGCCUGAAAAGUUUGAAUGUUGCUUACAAUCAUUUGGAGAAGCUGCCUUCCUUCAUGGUGAAUAAUAUGGCAUCGGUAGGAUUUUUUCAAAGGAACGGUUCCUUUAGGAGUUCUUACAGAAAAGAUUCGCUGGAAAAGGACGAACCUAAAGUUGAGCCACCUUUGACCAAAGUGAAUCUCCGCGGGAACCAGCUGAAGGGGAGCAUCAUUCUCGGCAACUAUGGGUUACUCACACAAUUAGAUGUUAGUGAGAAUUCUAUCGAGGUUAUGGAUCUAUCAGCCCUGGAUAAAUUGGAAACGAUACAAUGUUGCAGGAAUAAUUUAAAGGAAUUAACACUUAAUGGAAGGAUGUUACAUUCUUUGAUUGCCGGAAAUAACAAUCUUACCAAAAUAACAGUGCGUGCAACUCCAAUCAACCUCAAACACAUCGACAUCAGUUUCAACAGCCUUCGGGAGCUGCCGGACUGGCUUGUCGGUUGCCACCAGCUUCGUACGCUCUAUGCAAACAACAACCAAAUACAUGUGAUAUCUGAACACCUGCUGAACAACGAACACGCAACUAUUCUGACCCUUCAUUUAGCUUACAAUAAUCUGUCCAGUUUUCCGCCGAUGGUGAAGCGGAAGUUGCCGCUCCAAAAACUGUACCUGCAGUGCAAUCUCAUCGAAGACCUACCGGAGAAUUUCUUCAUAGCAUGCGAACGUCUCACUAUAUUGAACGUCUCGAGUAACAAACUGAUGACCCUACCGAUAAUUUUCGGGACAAAUUGUAACCUUGAGAAGCUGUACGCUACCAACAAUAGUUUAACGGAUCGUGUUCUUGAUUCUUUGAUCUGUCUGACCCGGCUGAGGGUGCUGCAUAUAGGGUACAACUUACUUACUACACUACCGGAGACCUGUAUCACCUGCUGGGGUGAACUUGAAGAGCUGGUCAUUUCUGGCAAUAAACUUCGACACCUGCCGGACAACCUGACAAACCUGCGAAAUCUUCGUGUUCUGAGAGUUCACUCGAAUCAGUUACAAACCGUUCCGGCUCUGGCGAGAAAUGUGAGUCUUCGGGUGUUGGACCUCGCUCACAACCAACUGGACAAAAUUAACAUGGUUUCGCUUGUUUCGAAACAGUUGCAGUUUCUGGAUCUGUCCAGCAACAGCCAGCUGCAGGUGGAUCCCCGACAAUUGCAAGCAUGUCAGUCCCAGCGUCCGAUGAGCUUUGUGGACGUGUCCGGCAAGAAUCGACCAACUCUUCCAACGUCUCCCUGGAUGUACAAGGAAAGCGAUGAGUACGAACCUUGCUGGAAGGUAGGAUUCGCCGAGACGACUGGAUGCCUCCCGAAGUUGUACAUUUCCCAGCUCAGGCUGCCCGGGUUUUGCAACACGGAAGGUUUGUUUGGGAUGUUCGAUGGCGAGGUCAGCAAUGCGAUACCGAAUCUGCUGGUGAAGACGAUACCAAAGAUCCUGCUGGAGGAGCGAACAGUUAAGGAAACGGCGAUUGAUUAUAUGAAGUACACUCUGCUUUCGGCUCAUCGGGAACUAAAGCAGCAAGGGCAGCAUGAGGCGGUCAAUGUCACCUUGUGUCACAUUUCACGGAGUAGAAUUCCGAGCGAGGUGAUGAGUUAUUUGCCACAAUCUACCAAUGGGAGGAAGUUCAUUUUGAGAGUGGCCAGUGUUGGUGAGAGUUCGGCGGUACUGAUUAAACACAAUCGCUGCGUAAAACUUACAACGGGUAAUCCAAACCGGCGGAUUGGGCUGAGUGCGAAUUUUCCAGUGACUGUUCCGGAUCCCGAGGUGCACGAGGUGGUACUGACCGACGCCGAUGAGUAUUUGGUGAUAGGGAACAAGAAGAUGUGGGAAGUCAUCACGAUGGAAACGGUAGCGGAGGAGAUUCGGAAGGAAGACAAUAUACUGUUGGCGGCCAAGCGGGUGCAAGAUAUAGCUCAAAGCUAUGGCGCAGAGGAAAACAUAAGUAUUAUUAUAGUUAAGUUCAAUAAUUUGGGGACGGACAUUGAUUUCCUGAUGCGGGAACUGAGACAAACGAUACGGAAGAAGCCGACGGGAGGAAGCAGUGUUAUGUCGGGUUUCUGCAAAUGUGGUUGCUGUUGUGAGUCGAACAAUAGCUGUUGCCAUUCUGGGGCAUCAAGCACUUUCAUCCGACACCCAUCCGGGAGAAGCGAUAGAUCAUCUCCGAGCGGUCAGAGUGACCAAACGUCGGUAAGUGAUAUUCAUUCCAACGGUGUGAGAUCCAGAUGCUUCGAGGUAACAACGGUCAAUGCCAAGAAACCUAAUACUUAUCUAACGAACGAGCGCCGUAGUUUAAGGGGUGGUGUAGUCAGAGCAGUUCGGGCUAGAAUUGAAGAGGAAAAGGAACGUGAGAUCGAGGAAUCUGAUUCAGCGAUGUCGGAAGAGCAAUUCAAGUGCUGGGAAUACAUGCUCGAGCAGAACACCCAGCUUCUGUUCGAUAAAGAACUGAAUACAAUCUCCCGUGGCUUCACCAAACGUCCACAAUCUAACUUGACAAGGCCACAAAUGAGAUCGUUAUCCUUGAGUUCGCCUCAGCUGGCUUUAGACAGUGACAGUGGACUAAAUUCAUCACACAGCGGUGGUUACAAUGCGAUGCAAACUACCUUACGCACAGCCCCAUUUCUGUCCAAGCACUUCGGAAGUACGCGUUCCUUCCAUCCAUCAUCGUCUUCGCAGAGUUUCUUCAAACCAAUACGGUACAACGCAGCCCGGCCCCAACCCAUAAACACUGGCCCAAAUGCGGCAUAUUUUGGGUCUUUGCAACGGCUGAUGCCGUACAAUUUGGAGUACGAUCUGAACGCUGUGCAUGAACGAUAUGGCGGUGGCCUGGGUGGUCACGGCGAGGGUAGUGCUAUCGAGCUGGACACAGUCGAUCCGGACGGUGGCCGAAUGCAGCAAUACUGGGGAGUUGCAACUACGGAGCUGUGACAUUGGACUACCAAACAACGACAACGUUCGGAGACAUAGUAUUAUCAAGAUGUAUUUUUGUAAAGUUUUCGUUCUCUUGAUUUAGCAAUAAAUUAAAUAAAUAUAUAUACACAAUAGAUCUACACAAUCGGUUAAGUGUUGUGUUGUAUAAGGUUGUUGUUUCCUCACUACUCAAAUGCUACGAUAAAUGUUCUUUUAAGCCUUAUAUGUACAACCUUCGAUCGCUACCGGAUUACGUAGGGAAAAGAAAAUUUUUACAAACACUUAUAGAUUUCUUUCAUAUCGCUUUCCUAACAGUACUAUUAUUUUUUUCCAUGGAGCUUUUGAUUAGCGCUUUUUCGCUUGCAAGGGAUUCAGAAACAAACCUAGAACAAGUUUGAAGAACCUAAUGUGUAAAACAAACGACUUAGGAAACUCACUACAUGCUUAGUUUAUACAGCUUUUUGUUUUCGUAAGGAACUCAUCAAUGUUCUCUAGUGUACCGCACUCGUGAAAUAUAGGUGUGAAGGAGCUAUUUGAUAGUGAAACUCAUUGGUUGUGUAGUACUUUUUUGUUUGCUUGCUCCGACAUGCCUGCUUCCCAUCGCCUGACUA